AAAGGGUAUACAAGAAAAAAUGUCAGUGAUUGAACGGCCAAGAUGGAAAGAUUCUUGAUCCACAAAAGGAUAUCGAAUAGAACUGAGUUCCAGGUCGACCAAACUCGUGAGUCAAUUAACCUUCCUUUCUCGUCUCCUACAGGAAUCUAUCAUGGAAGCAAGGCGUGUCCUUCUCGGACUCCUCGGUAGUCCCAAACGUAAAAAACCGCCAAAGUUUCCGACCCAAUCUGACCCCAACGGACAAACUUGUCUGAUCUGUUAUUUUCUGUUCUUUCCCCCCCCCAUACUGUUCUUUGUACAGUAGAUCUCUCUCUCUCUUCUUUAUAUUUCUGGGUCUUGAAGGUGUUUGCUGAAAUGAGAAAGAAAGGAGAAGGAGAAGAAAGAGAGAUAUGUAUGGUCUUUGAUGGGAUCAUACAAUCCAUGCCUUUGUUUGCAAAGGAAUUGGUUGCUGGUGGCGUUGCUGGAGAGCUCGCAAAAACCGCCGUUGCUCCAUUUGAGCCUGUCAAGAUUUUGUUUCAGACGAGAAGAGCAGAAUUCCACAGCGUGGGCCUCUUUGGAUCAUUCAAAAAGAUUGCAAAGACAGGAGUAAUGGGAUUUUACAGAGGAAAUGGUGCUAGUGUCGCUCGGAUAGUUCCCUACGCCGCACUUCAUUACAUGGAUUCUGAGCAGUACCGAAGGAGGAUCAUCAAUAGUUUUCCCGACAUCACAAGGGGCCCUGUGCUUGAUCUCGUGGCUGGAUCAUUUGCUGGUGGAACUGCUGUGCUUUUUUACUUAUCCUCUCGAUUUGGUUAGGACUAAGCUUAUCAGGUUGUUGCUCUACCAAAGAUUAAUGUGAAAGGAGUAGCUAAUGCAGAACAAGUUUAUAGUGGAAUUCUUGAUAGUUUUCAAAGACUUACAAAGGGUCGGGGCUCAGAGGUCUCUAUCACGCCAUGUAUGUAUAUAUGUAUGCAAUCCGAAAUCAAUUUUUGCUGACAGAGAAGCAAAAACUUGUUUAAUGUGAACAAAUAUUUCAAUGAAAAAAGGUUUCUAUUGAACUUAAAUUUCAUUGAAUGGAUGUUUAGGGUUCAACUACAAGCACAGUAUGAAAUC